UAGCUUUUGGUUUGGCAAAUUUGGCAUUGGAUGAUUGUUUUAGGUUGAGUGGUAAUGAGUAAAUGAGUAAUUUAUUUACUUUAAGGAUAAUCUCGUAUGUAUCUUUUGUAUGGUGUAACAAAAUAGAAAUGGAAUUUUGCAUUUGUAUACUUCGUAAAGAAAUACACUAAGACUGAUAAAUCGAAUCUGAAUAGAUAAACGAAACGAACACAAAAUGCUUAAGCAUCGAUCUAGUGUAGUGUUUGUGUGGGCGUGCCUGCUAGCGACGUGCUGGGCACAGCGGGCGGAGCAACUCCUCGCCCAGAACCCCUGCUCCAGCAAGACGAUCUGCAGCGACUGUAUACGCACCGCGUUCUGUGCGUGGUGCUUUGCCCCCGAGUUCAACGGGCCGAGGUGCUUCAACCCGGCAGUAGAGGGUGGCACCGGCGGCUGCGAUGAGGCCUACAUAUUUAACCCCGAUAACCAACGCACUCUCGAUCCUAUGUUUAACAAAGAAUUGACUAGAGCAAGAGGACGAAUCGGGGCAGGCAUGGAGUCUUCGUUCUACGAGGAGUCUUACAGUAGCAGCAGCACCAGCAUCAAGAGCGGCAGCGGGUACAUGGCUGGAGGUGGCGCGGCUUUCGGCGAGAACUUAGUACAAAUCAAACCACAACGAGUCAAUAUGAAAUUAAGAAUGAAUCAAAUGGAAAAGAUGUCGUUCUCGUACGCUCAGGCGCAAGACUACCCUGUAGAUUUAUACUAUCUUAUGGACCUCAGUAGAUCUAUGAAGAACGACAAGGACAAACUGAGUACUCUCGGCAGUUUACUCUCGAGUACGAUGAGGAACAUAACCUCAAACUUCAGGAUCGGCUUUGGAUCGUUCGUCGACAAGCUCGUCAUGCCCUAUGUCUCAACUGUACCCAAAAAUUUGAUCUCCCCGUGUGACGGCUGUGCGGCGCCCUAUGGCUUCAAGAAUCAAAUGUCUCUCAGUAAUGACACAGACUUCUUUGAUAAAGCGGUCGCUGGUGCGGAUGUAUCUGGUAAUCUGGACUCUCCUGAAGGUGGUUUCGACGCCAUCAUGCAGGCUAUCGUCUGUCAGCGGGAAAUCGGAUGGCGCGAAAAAGCGCGUCGUUUACUUGUAUUUUCAACUGACGCGGGCUUCCAUUACGCUGGUGAUGGAAAGCUCGGUGGAAUUGUUCAACCCAAUGAUGGAGAAUGCCACAUGGAAAACAAUUCAUACACACACUCAACCAUACAAGAUUAUCCCAGUAUUUCACAAAUUAAUCUCAAGGUGAAGGAGCACGGCAUCAACGUGAUCUUCGCGGUGACGUCAGAGCAGUUCAAGGUGUACGAGCAGCUCAGCAAGAACAUCCAGGGCUCCAGCAGCGGCGUGCUCAGCGAGGACUCCGACAACGUCGUAGAGUUAGUGCGCGAACAGUACAAUAAAAUAACGUCAACUGUGGAGAUGAAACACACAUCGAGUGACGCCGUGCAGCUCGUCUACUACUCCUCCUGCCUCGGCCCCAAGGGCAACCUUAAGAAGACUAACAAAUGCGAUGGAUUGAAGGUGGGUGAUGUGGUGGAAUUCACUGCGGAGAUAACGCUGAAGGAGUGCCCCAAGGACCCCAGCAAGUGGCGGGAGACGUUUACCAUCUACCCUGUGGGCAUGUCGGAGAGCCUCACCGUCGAGCUGGAGAUGCUGUGCGACUGCCCCUGCGAGCACCCCGGACACCAUGCGUACAGCGAGAGCCCGCUGGUGUGCAGCGGACAGGGCAUAUCGGCGUGCGGCGUGUGCGUGUGCAACGCGGGCCGCUUCGGCAAGGGCUGCGAGUGCUCCGCGCACGGCGGCCCCGCCUGCCAGUGCCCGCUCGACGAGACGCCCUGCCUCGCGCCCAACGGUAAAAGCUGCAGCGGCCACGGGCACUGCGUGUGCGGGCAGUGCGUGUGCGACGUCGACGAGGACCGCCACUACACCGGCAUUUACUGCGAGAAGAGUCCAGCGUUGCCGCGAAAAUGCUUGGAUUUCCAAGAAUGUGUUCUCUGUCAAGUGCACAAGCGAGGACGAUUGUACAAUCCGGAUGAACCGAAAGAGUGUGGCAAAUGUGACUUGGAACCUGUUAUCGAAGAGGGCAGAAUCGAAGCCAAUCAAUCUAUGAACGAGAACCUGUGCAACUACUACGACGACGACCACUGCCUGUACGUGUACGUGUACUCGUACAACGACACCGAGCACCUGCACAUCCGCGCGCAGAAGGACAAAGUCUGCCCCAAGAAGGUCUCUAUCCUGGGCAUCGUGCUGGGUGUGAUAGCGGCGAUCGUGCUGGUGGGCCUGGCGCUGCUGAUGCUGUGGAAGAUGAGUCUAGAAACAAUAUUAAUUGCUUUUGUUCUUUUACAGGGCGAAAACCCGAUUUACAAGCAGGCGACAUCGACUUUCAAAAAUCCUACAUACGCAGGAAAAUAAAGAUCUGUCAGUGAUGUUUCUGAAUAAGGAACUUGGUAAUCUCUGUACAUUUAUCUCAUCUGUAGUAAAUAUUGAACGAAAUGUAAGCCAACAGUAUUCGCUAUAAACAUAUUUUUUAGGAAUUUUUAGAUGUCUGUUAUAAAUAAAAUGCCUUAAAAUUGUGCCUUUUGUACUGAUACCAUAUUUGCAUUAAGAACACAUGUUUGUAUUGUUAGUUAUAUUAUCAAGAAAUGCUUUAUAAUGAUGUUUUAAUCUCAUACGAUGUUUUCUGUACGCUUUUGUACUUAUGUGUGAAUGUUUGUAUGUACUUAUGUGUAGUUUGAUCGCACAUUAGAAGUUAUAUAACGAUAUAUAUGUAGAAGUGAUCCGUAGGUUUGUUCAAUUGAAACCUCGUAUUAUUUAACCUGUUUUAUUAUUUUUUUAUAAUUCUCUUAAACAUCUUUUUCCUCUUAAUGUCUCUCAUCUCAUGUUAAUACUAGUUUAUCAAAAUUUCAAACACCGUAAAAGUAUAUUUAAAAAAAAAACAUGAACCUCCUUGACCCUACAUAUAUGUCAAUAGUAUAUUAAAAUCCCAGAUAAUUGAUAUAUCACUAUAUAAUGCUUUUGUGUAAAAAACUUGUGACUUAUAUACUCUCAGCACUGCCAAGAUAUCGACGAUAUUUAUAAUUUUUCAUCUUUAGAUCGAAAUGUAGUCUGGCCCACUCUAAUUCAUUCACGGAAUUAGUGUUUUUACCUUUUGUCAUACAAAAACAGAUGUUUUAUAAAAAUAUAUUAUUCUUAUAGUAUCUUAUAGCAAUUACUAUCAAUGUGAAUUAAGACUUUUUGUAUUCAAUAUUCUAAACGUUACAAAAAAAUGUCCUGUUUAAAGUGCCUUCCAGAAAUAAUAUGACUUUAAUUAACAAAAAAACACAACUUUUAUAUCAGUUUUUGGGCUAUAUGUAGAUUGUCGAACAAAGAUAUGUAUCGCACAAUAAAUAAAAAAUAUA